AACACCUUCGACAGCCACCAGGGACGACUCGCGUCUUUUCCCUUCUUUUUCCUCGCCCUUGCACAUAUCCUCACGCUUCUGUAGUCGGACGGGAUAUUCAGACAGGCUAGGAAGCUCAAAUUCUUUUCUCAGCCAACCCCUUAUCGCCUCGCAACAGUCAAUCUUUUCCCUUUUGUCAGUCGAUAAAACGUCAAAAUGGGUCUCUCCGUCUCUCGUCUUUUGAGCGGUCUCUUCGGGAAGAAGGAGAUGCGCAUUCUGAUGGUUGGUCUUGAUGCGGCCGGUAAGACCACCAUUCUCUACAAGCUCAAGCUGGGUGAGAUCGUCACCACGAUUCCCACUAUUGGUUUCAACGUCGAGACUGUCGAAUACAAGAACAUUUCGUUCACCGUUUGGGACGUUGGUGGACAGGACAAGAUCCGACCGCUCUGGAGGCAUUACUUCCAAAACACCCAAGGUAUCAUCUUCGUUGUCGACUCCAACGAUCGCGAGCGUGUUUCGGAGGCCCGCGAGGAGCUGCAGCGCAUGCUCAACGAGGACGAGCUGAGGGACGCUCUCCUCCUCGUCUUUGCCAACAAGCAGGAUCUGCCGAACGCCAUGAACGCUGCAGAAAUCACCGACAAGCUCGGUCUCCACAGCCUUAGGCAGCGCCAGUGGUUCAUCCAAGCGACGUGCGCCACGAGCGGUGACGGUCUUUACGAGGGUCUUGACUGGCUGAGCACCAACCUCAAGCGCCGAGUCUAAAGAAGGCGGCUGGUUAUUGCGAGGCUGGAGGCAUCUGCCGAAAGGGGGAGGGAAGUUCAGGUGUCAUAGAAUCUUGGAGGUUGGAUGAUCAAGACUGCUCUUCAUGACUUUGUUCGAAGCUGGGGAGAGCGGUGUGAAGCCAGCAGUGGGGGAACGAGAACGGAGAGAUGGAAGAGGAGAUGCUUUCCCUCCUUUGGCCACUAUCCUUUUUCAAAACGACAAAAUGAUGGAUCGGUACUGGGACUCAGUACGACUCCUUUUUCCUCUUCGUUGUCCGACAUGCAACUGUCACUUCACUUCAACGCUUCGCUCCCUCCUUCCGCAAUCCCUUAUCCCCCGUCUCUUUCUUCGCUGCGCUAGUUUCUUUCUUUCCGUACUCUCCCCUGUACCCCGUCCUUCAUACUCCUUUCUCUCCCUAAAACGC